AUGUCGAAAGGAAAAGGUCGAAAUAAAAAAGACGCAAAAACAAUUUACGAAGAACUCACAGAAGCGUUGGGAUCUGAUGCUCCAUCAGAUCGAACAGUCAGAAGAUGGCCACAGCGUUUUCGUGAAGGGAAAGAAGAUGUCGACGAUGAUCCACGAUCUGGUCGUCCAAUCUCCGUAUUUACAGAUGAAAAUAUCGAACGUGUUCAACAUGUUAUUGAAGAUGACCCUCAUUGCACUUAUGAUGAUAUCAUAGCUGAGACUUCUCUCACUCGUGGUACUAUAGAACGAAUUAUUCAUGACGGUCUAAAGAUGAGAAAAAUUACAUCGCGCUGGGUUGCUCAUCAACUUAAUGACGAUCAAAAACGAGAAAGACUUAGAAUUUGUCGUCAAAAUUUAGAAAAAUUUCGUAAUGGAACAUGGAAAUUAUGUGAUGUUGUUACUGGUGAUGAGACAUGGAUUUAUCACAGACAAAUAGGUCGGAAGUCCAGUAACGCUACGUGGGUUAGUGAAAACGAACCACCGAGAACCAUUGUUCGUCGAAACAGAUUUGAACCUAGAACAUUAUUUUGUUUAUUUUUUAAAUCAACUGGUCCUGUUCUCAUACAUAGUGUACGUAGAGGUCUGACUAUUGAUCACAACUACUACAUUGAUAAUUGUCUCAAGCCUGUGAUCAAUGAAGUACGGAAUCAAGAAAAAUCAUGA